UCGUUCUCUCUUUUUGCUCGUCUCUCUCCAUCAGUCAUCAUGUCCUGCAGGUUCUCCGCUCUGUUCGUCCUCUUCCUCUGGUUUGGAAUCACAGUUCAGAACACCAGUCCAGCUCACAUCCAGUCCAUGUCCUCUGUGUCUGGGUUUGAUCUUCCUGAGGUGGAUGGUUCUGCUGUGGAAGACACCUGCAGGUUCUUCUUCCUGCCCACACCCACUGCAGCUGCACCUGACACCACCACCACCACUACAGUGACUCCACCCACCACUACCACUACAGUGACUCCACCCACCACUACCACCACACAGGUUGUGGCCGCACCCCCAAAAGUAGUAGUCCAAUCACCACAGAGACGACCGGCGCCCAAUAACAGCGGAGCCGCUAAGAUCCUCCAGUACUUCCUUAGCAGCAGAGUGGGCGGAGCUGUCAGAGCACCAACGGGAGGGCGGAGUCAGUCGUCUUCACAAAGCCAUGAGAUAGGAGCUGUGACAGCACUGAGGAGAGGUGGUAGGAUGGACAGAACCAGAUGGAGAGGAGCUUCCAUUUCUUCAGAGGACUCAAGUGAUGAAUGAGACUGAUGAACAAGAGGACUGUAGGAACUGUAGGAACUGUAGCAACUGUAGGAACUGUAGGAACUGUAGGAAGUGUAGGAACUGUAGGAACUGUAGCAACUGUAGGAAGUGUAGGAACUGAAAUGUCAUGUUAACCCUGAAAAACCUCAAACAGAUACAACUGACCGAGUUGGAUCAAUGACGGUGUUUGUUUUUAUAUUCAGUUCAUGAAAUACUAAUGCGUUGACCCAUGGGGAAGUACAGCAAAGGGGACAUGUUUUUAACACCCAGGGUGGGAUACCAAAGGGGACAUGUUUUCAACACCCAGGGUGGGAUACCAAAG